GAGCGACGGGACGGGACAGGACGGGACGGGACGGGCGAGCGGCCCCUCUGUCCGGGUCGCCUCUGCCCCGGGCCGCCCGCGGCUCGGAGCCGCCCCUUCCACGCCCGUCGCGCCACGGAUGGAGCCGCAGUGCCCGGCUUGAGCACGUCGGCGGGACCCGGAGCCGCUCCGCCGAGCCCCGGCGGGCGGGCGCAGCAUGGUGGACUAUAUUGUGGAAUAUGACUAUGAUGCAGUGCAUGAUGAUGAGUUAACGAUCCGAGUUGGGGAAAUCAUCAGGAAUGUGAAAAAACUGGAAGAAGAAGGAUGGUUGGAAGGGGAGUUAAAUGGCAGAAGGGGCAUGUUCCCUGACAACUUUGUGAAGGAAGUUAAGAAGGAUGUAGAGCCCAAGGAUGAUGCUGUGCCACUCAGGAGGGAGAAAUCUGGCAAUGUAGCCAGCCUUGUGCAGCGUAUGAGCAGCUAUGGGCUUCCAGCAGGAGGAUUUCAGCCUCAUCCCCCAUCCAAAGGCUUCAAGAAGAAGUCCAAGAAGCGGCAGUGCAAAGUGCUCUUUGAGUACAUCCCACAGAAUGAGGAUGAGCUGGAACUCAAGCUGGGGGAUGUGAUUGACAUCAUUGACGAGGUAGAAGAAGGAUGGUGGAGUGGAACACUGAAUGGCAAGGCAGGGUUGUUUCCUUCAAACUUUGUGAAAGAAUUGGAAUCAACGGAUGAUGGAGAAACACAGGAUGCUCUGGAUGACACAGAGCCUGUUUUCAAUAGUCCUACCUCACCUGUGACCUCUCCAGGAAAUGGGAGUGAACCUACAUUGGGACCAGCGCAGCCAAAGAAAAUCCGAGGUGUUGGGUUUGGAGAUAUCUUUAAGGAAGGCUCAGUGAAACUUAAAACAAGAUUAUCCAGUAAUGAAUCAGAAGAUAAAAAGCAAGAUAAGCCAUURCCUAACCUUCCCCCUGGAGCAAAGUUAAUUCAUCUUCCCAGUAUAACAAAAACUGAAAACUCACCUGAAGUAAUAAAAUCAGAAGCUGAAAGUAAACCAAAAGCCAAGGAAUAUUGCAGGACAAUAUUUUCCUAUGAAGGCUCAAAUGAUGAACUCAGCUUUAAAGAAGGCGAGAUCAUUCAAAUAAUCAGUAAGGACACUGGAGAGCCAGGCUGGUGGAAAGGAGARCUCAAUGGUAAAGAAGGAGUCUUCCCAGAUAACUUUGCCGUUCAAAUACAAGAGUCUGAUAAAGACUUCCCUAAGCCAAAGAAACCUCCACCUCCGGUUAAAAGUCCAGCUGCAAGACCUGAAUUGCCAACUGCAGAGAAGAAAUUCCUUCCUUUGAGGCCUGAAGARAAAGAUGAAAAAGGAACUYUGGAUCAGAAGCCUUUGAAGCCACAAGCUCCUCAAGUACCACCCAAGAAGCCUAUUCCUCCAARCAAGACCAACAGCUUACUGAGAGCAGGGCUCCUGCACCCAAAACGUCCAGACAAACCUGGUUUGCCAUCAUCUGCAUCCAAAACAAAUGGAGAAGUUGUUACUCUUCGACCGAAAUCUGAAUUUGAGCCAGUAGCAAAACCAAAGUUAGACUCUGAACCAUUACCACUCAGACCAAAAUCAGUAGAGGUAGAUUCACUCGUGAUAAAGAGCUCUAAAGAAUCAGAUGUGUUAAGCUUUGAUGAUGUAAUAGCUACCUCAGAUAAUCUGUCACACCCAACUGCCAGCCGGCCCAAGAUGCCUGGUAGGAGGCUGCCUUCCCGUUUCAAUAGCAGUAGUCCUGCAAGUCAAAAUAUGAGUCCAGAAAAAAAUUUGAAGGUGCAGAAAGAAGAAGAAAGUGCCAAACCAAAGCCAGUUGAAACAAAGAAGCCAUCUGCGUUCAGCCCAUUGAUUCCACCUUCAUCUCAGAGACCAAGUUCUGUCAUACUCGACUUUUUACCUGGAGACCUCCAACUUAAAGGAGAAACAGAUGAUGARAAAAUUUCUGUGGAAGAGCUCAGGACUCAGAUUAAUGAUUUAAUGGGUUUAGUAGACGCCCUGAAAAAAGAACAUGGGAGGGAACUGGAAAAACUAAAGAAGGAUUUGGAAGAAGAGAAGCUGUUGCGAAGCAAUCUGGAGCUUGAAAUAGAAAAAUUGAAGAAAGCAGUGAUGUCUACAUGAGACAGCUAUGGACUCAAUGUUUUUAACUYGCCAGGAAUUUAAAGCUGAACACAAGGAGAACUGACUCUUAUUUCAUUAUAAUGGAUGCUGGUGUUCUACAGUCUUAAAGAAAAAAGAUAGUAAAAAAAAACCAGGAAUAUAGUCUUAUAUUCAGAGAGAUAAGAAAACAAAAAAGAAUAAUGGUGUAAUUUUUUUGCCAAUAUAAAAGAGGCCUUAUUUCUUACUGUGCUGGAAUUGCAGACCUUAUUUUUUUGGUUUGCUUGAAAAUACUACUGAAUCUGUAUAGAAAGGAGAGGGAAUUCUUAAUAGAUUUUUAUUGAAUACCUGUAGCUUAACUUUUAAAGAGAUCUAUACUAUAAAUAGGGUGAUCUGUCUUUGCAACUAAUCUGUAAAAUAGUCUGUUGGAAGGGAUGGAAUAACUGUAUCGUAAUUGUAGUCACUACUUUUCCCCUACAYGCAAAAGGGAAUAUAUGAUAUUUGUAUAAUUUUGGCAGUUUUACCCAGGAUUAUGCUGUUGUGCCUGUCUGCAGUGAGAAUAUUAAUACUAUGCUGUUCAUAAGUUGAGUAAUGAGAUAGGAAUUUGUUAGUGCAAUGAAGCAGGUGAAACUCCUAUGCAUUGUAGAAAGAUGGAAUGAUUUAAUCUGAGUAGUUCAGCAGAACGGUUUGUGACUUGCACUAUUGGAUUAAAAAGGGAUUUAAGACUGAAUCAUGAAACAUGACAAAAUUAACUGUUAAAGCCACAAAAUGCAAGGAAUACAGAAACAAGGAGUUAGAGUCCAGUCUUAACUCAACCUGUUGUGCCUAAAAUACUAUAGUAUACAGCAUGGAAGAGUAAACCUUAAGUCACAGUGUCUGUACUUCCGUGUUUCUGCAUUGAAGUCAUCAGUCUUUCUAGUGGUUCAGUAUGCAUCUUGAUCUGUUUUUACACUAGUCUGGUUUUGUUUAUAAUAUGUCUCCAAAUAAAUCCCUUUGGAACUUUGAUACUUUCAAAAGCUCUCGAUAUUUAUAUAUUUAUGCCAUAAACUUUCUCAAUAUAUUGCGUACCUCUAAACUUAGCAACAUCUUUGUAUUUAAUGAGUGAUUGGAACAAUUGCUUUGACAUCAUGGUGCUGGUGUCCAAGACGGUGUCUUUAUGGAAAAGAGGUUGAGAUCUUGUGGAUUACCAUUAUCUUUAACCCMUGGGCUCAAAACUUGCACCAGAAUAAUACACARUAUGCAAAGUGAUGGGGGACAAUGRUAUUUAUUGCUGUGUUUGUCUGAUUAAAGAAUUAAAAAGCAUACAGCUUUAGAAAGUCAGUCAAAUGCAUUAGUUCCGUUAGUAAUCAGCUCAUCUCCUUUAGGUCUGCUAUAAUUUAAAAGACAAAAGCAUUCUGCAUAGUUUGGCAACUUCACCAAUAAAAGAAAGUAAUUAAGGUUCUCUUYAUGGGAGUGGUCCUAAAUACAGUAAUUAUUCAGUAUGUCACUUGUUCAAGUGACACUGAAGUGUUACUUUUUGAGAGUGUACUUUUUCCACAGUUGAUGUAUCAUAAAAUAGAAAUGUCAGAAAGUCAAUUAGGGGAUGUUUGUCUCUUACUGAUUCAAAUAGUUCAUGAAAUUUGAUUGAAACCUGAUUGGGGAUGUUUACCUGUUACUCAUUCAAAUAGUUCAUGAAAUCUGAUUAAUACACUUUGCAGGUAUUGAGUAAUAUUUGCUAGUCAAAUUGCUAAUAGGCUGAUUCACUCUUAAUGCUUUUAAUUUUGAAUUGCCCAAGUGCAUCACAGAUGAAUUGAGGAAUCAUGUCCUUCUCAUCAGACACUAAACUCUUGCCUGGAAUUCACACCUCACAAGGAGGUGAUGAAAAACAAGAAUUGAGCCGAAUGGAGUACCCAAUUUUCUUGUACAAGCUCUUCACUGUGAUUCAUUGGAGCAUGAAACAAAUCUUGGAAGGGGUUGCUCUGCAGAAAUUGUGCCUGUGUGUGAAUUUGUAGAGGAUGAACAGAACAAGACAAUCAGUUAAAGCCACAAAUGGAAGGUGUUUGUUAUGUAAUGGCCUUUGUUCGCUAUAGCAAUAAAUGACCCAAGUGCAAUGACUUGAUUUAAUAAACCCUUCUUUAAAAGUCGCUGCUAUGAGUAUUUGUAGCCAUAAGGAAGUUGCCCUGAUGUGUGUCUGUCUUGUCUUCAGCUAGUGUUACGUACUGGAGUGGAGGGGGAGCGGGUAAUGGUUUUGGAGACAUUCCACAGUACAAGUUCUAAGAGCUGUGUUCUUCACUGACUUGUCUACCGGUGCUGUAAAAUGAUGCAUGCUAUCCAAACUCAGCAAAUAAAAUGAGUGUAAAAACCUCUUCAAA